AUGACAGCAGAUGCGAACGGCGACACCAAGGUGGUGAAGAAACCGCGCAUUGAAGAGCGCCUUCCUCGAAUGAAGGUGGAGAAGUACCGAAGCUUUCAGAACUGGUACCAGAUUCCUUUCGAUGACAAGUGGCCCAAGCGCACUUGGCCAGAGAAGCGAGUGACCAAGGCACCGCGCUGGUGCACGGUCGACCUUCGCGAUGGCAAUCAGGCAUUGGUCAACCCGAUGAACCACGAGAAGAAGUUGCGUUUAUUCCUCCAUUUGUUGAAGCUGGGCUACAAAGAAAUCGAGGUUGGCUUCCCUGCUGCAAGCCAAACAGACUUUGACUUUAUUCGCUACAUCAUUGACGAGGGUUUGAUUCCGGACGAUGUGUGGAUUCAGGUUCUCACGCAGUGCCGUGAGCCUCUCAUCCUGCGGACCAUCGAAGGUGUGAAAGGCGCCAAGAACGUCGUGAUUCACGUCUACAACUCCACCUCUGAAUUGCAGCGGCGAGUUGUGUUCAAAAAGGGCCGGCAGGACAUCAAGCAGCUGGCUCUGGAAAGCGUUGGCCUCGUGAAGAAACUGGUGGAUGAGCGCAUGGCAGGAAUGAACGUCCGGCUCGAGUACUCUCCCGAAAGCUUCACCGGCACAGAGCUCGAUUUUGCGCUCGAUGUCUCCAACGCCGUGAUUGAUGUGUGGAAGCCAACACCUAGCGAGCAGCUGAUCCUGAACUUGCCGGGGACAGUGGAGAUGUGCACUCCGAAUGUGUACGCAGAUCAAAUUGAAUGGAUGUGUGCCCACAUCAACAAUCGGGACUGCGUGUGCAUCAGCGUGCAUCCGCACAACGAUCGGGGCACCGGAAUCGCAGCAGCAGAGCUGGCCCUGAUGGCAGGAGCAGACCGAGUUGAGGGUUGCCUCUUCGGAAACGGAGAACGCACGGGCAACGUGUGCCUGGUCACACUCGCUCUGAACAUGUUCACUCAAGGCAUUGACCCCGAGGUGAGCUACGUGGAGCUAGAGGAGACCAUCAAUGUGGCCGAGCACUGCACAGAGCUAAAGGUUCCAGAGCGGUACCCGUGGGCUGGAAGCCUUGUUUACACAGCAUUUUCUGGAUCUCACCAGGAUGCCAUCAAGAAAGGCUUGGAGGCCAACAAGAAGGAGAAUGUGUGGGAAGUUCCUUACCUGCCCAUUGAUCCGCAGGACAUAGGUCGUCAUUACGAAGCCAUCAUCCGGGUGAACAGCCAGAGUGGGAAGGGUGGCAUCGCCUACAUCCUGGAGCAGGAGUAUGGCAUUGCUCUGCCCAAGGACUGUCAGGCCGAAUUUGCCCAGGCGCAGAGUAGAUGGCCAAAGACUCAUCAGACUCACCAGAGAGACACCAGUGCACAGACAGACCGACAGACAACCACACACACAGACACACACACACACACACACACACACACACACACACACACACACACACACACACACACACACACACACACACACACACACACACACACACACACACACACACACACACACACACACACACACACACACACACACACACACACACACACACACACACACACACACACACACACACACACACACACACACACACACACACACACACACACACACACACACACACACACACACACACACACACACACACACACACACACACACACACACACACACACACACACACACACCACACACACACACACACACACACACACACACACACACACACACACACACACACACACACACACACACACACACACACACACACACACACACACACACACACACACACACACACACACACACACACACACUGAUGGAUUCGGCCAAGAGUACGAGUGCAAAGGAAAAAAGAGGAAUGUUGUUCAUGUUGCAACUGUUUGUCAGAUUGCGGCAACCGUACAAAUUGUUUGUCUAAUCUGGACACCACAGGGGGCCUGUCCUCAGACUAAUCUUGGCACCACAGGGGGCUGCCGAAAAUUGUGCAGGUACAUGACUGAGCGUCCUCAAUCACUUCCCUUCCAGUGA